AUGAAAAAGUUCACCACUACCUUUCCCCCUCCAUUGAAGCUUAGAACUUCCAUCAACCAUUGGAGAUACGAGGACCUUACCCGAGCACUAGGUCGCGAGUACCUAGAUAUUGAUCUGGUCGAAGUCCUGGAAGCCCCUAGUGUAGAUGAUCUGCUGCGUGAUCUCGCUAUUACUAUCUCUCGCCGCGGUCUAGUCGUCUUUCGCAGCCAGAAGAAUCUCACCCCGGCACACCAAAAGUACUUCACAAACCGCCUUGGACAACUAACUGGUAAGCCGAAGGAUUCAGCAAUCCAUAUCCACCCGAUCAACCACACCAUUCACAAGCCCGGUGAGAAGCCCGACCUCGAAAUGUCCACCAUCGCACGCAAUCCAGCACACAUGCUCUCCAAGCAAACAGGAGUCGUCGCAGGCAAAAGACAACUCAAAAAACAGAGCGUGGCGGAUGGAUGGCACUCAGACAUUGCCUUUGAGCGAGUGACGUCUGACUACACAACGCUGAUCAACAGAGUACGCUCCAAUACUGGCGGUGAUACCAUUUUCGCUUCCGCCUAUGAGGUUUACGAGCGCGUCAGCCCUCCCAUGCGCGCUUUCCUAGAGACACUGACCGGCAAUUUUUCUCCCGUGGGCUACAAACCCAACCCUGAGCAUGCGCAUUUGUAUCAGGUUGCGCGAGGACACCCGCUCAAUGUCGACCAGUCUCUGACUGCUGAACACCCAAUUGUUCGCACAAACCCUGUUACUGGAUGGAAGGCUAUCUUUGGUGUUGGUCACCAUCUUCAGAGUGUUAACGGGCUGGCAAUUGAGGAGAGUGAAUGGGUAAAAAAAUUUCUCUUAAACCUAAUUACCGAUAACCAUGACCUUCAGGUCCGAGUCAAAUGGGGAGAAAACGAUCUUGCCGUGUGGGACAAUAGAGCGACUUAUCACACUGCCACCUACGAUUAUGAUGGACCCCGCAUGGCGCAACGCGUUGUGGCUGUGGGUGAACCGCCUGCUCUGGACCCUGCUGGUGUCUCAUGGACUGGCGCAUAG